GCAGAACUGACGCUACUGCUGCUUCACAAUCAAUGAAGUGCAACCCACGGUGCUAGUUGUCCUCUGCUGGUCCUCUGCCCACCCUGCUGCCUUUUUUAAUUCUGCAUUUUUCACGACUCCGAAAACAGGACUGACUGCAGCAAUUGCACAGGAAGCUGGCUUGGGCAAGGAUGUUUCUUACACCACUGCUGCUGGCCACAGCACUUUCCAGCAUAUGGGCCCAAGACUUUUACCAAGCGAGGAAAACCAUCAAGAAUUCUGGAGCCAAACCUCUUGCUGCAAAUAUCUACAAUGAUCAAGCCAUCCUUGAUGAAGACUGUAGCCUGGAACUUGCCUUCCUGUUGGACAGCUCUGAGAGUGCAAAAGACAAUCAUGAGGAUGAAAAGCAGUUUGCCAUGAACAUGGUGGACAGACUCCGAGGUGUCCGGCUGCAGACUGGACGCAGCUUGAGUUUGAGAGUUGCUCUGCUGCAGUACAGCAGCCACGUUAUCACAGAGCAGACCUUCAGAGAUUGGAGAGGAGCAGAGAAUUUCAAGACCCAAAUAGCCCCAAUAGUCUACAUUGGGCAUGGCACCUACACCACGUACGCCAUCACCAACAUGACCAAGAUUUACCUGGAAGAAUCCAGCCCCCACAGCAUCAAAGUAGCAGUGCUGCUUACAGAUGGUGUUUCCCACCCAAGGAACCCUGACAUUUUCUCUGCUGUUGCUGAAGCCAAAAACCAGGGCAUCAAGUUCUUCACUUUGGGCAUCACCCGAGCAGCCAAUGAGCCGGCCAAUGUUGCUAAUCUCCGCCUCCUUGCCAGCUCCCCUGCUUCUGUCUUUCUCCGUAAUUUACAGGAUAAUAACAUAGUCGAAAAAAUCUCCACUGAAAUUAUUGGCUUAGCUGAUGAAGAUUGCCCAGUGGCUCAGAGAUGUGCUUGUGACAAAGGAGAGAGAGGACCCAGUGGGCCUGCAGGAAAGAAAGGUCGCCCUGGUGAUGAUGGAGCCCCGGGGCCUAAAGGGCAAAAGGGUGAAGCAGGAUUAAGUGGAGUACCCGGGCGAGAGGGUCCAGAGGGAAAACCAGGUUACAGAGGAGAUAAGGGUGAGAGGGGUGAAUGUGGCACUCCAGGAAUCAAAGGAGACAGGGGUCCUGAGGGGACAAUAGGAGAAAGAGGACCCCGAGGCCUGCAGGGUUUACCAGGACCGCAUGGAGACAGGGGACCUGAGGGCCCCCAGGGAAAGCAGGGUGAACGGGGCCCAUCCGGCCCUCCAGGAAUUCAAGGGGAGACUGGUAUUGGGCUUCCUGGACCAAAAGGUGACAUGGGAUUCCAGGGCAGACCAGGUCCUCAUGGUCCUCCAGGAGUGGGUGAACCCGGCCUUCCUGGGGCGCAAGGACCACAAGGUGUUCAAGGGGAAAAAGGACCCCAAGGUGAAGGGUUUCCUGGGCCAAAGGGGGAUCGAGGGCUGCCAGGGCCCAGGGGACCACGGGGACAGCAGGGUGUAGGCAUCAAAGGAGAAAAGGGAGAACUGGGCCAACCAGGAUUGCCAGGGCCAACUGGACCAAUAGCAGUGGGCAUACAGGGAGAAAAGGGAAAUGAAGGACCAAGAGGCCCUCCAGGAGUCAGAGGUCUUCCAGGAGAAGGUCUACCUGGGCCCAAGGGAGACCAAGGUUUACCAGGAGAGCAUGGAGCUCCAGGAGAGACAGGUGUUGGUGAACCUGGGCCAAAGGGAGAACCUGGAGCGGCAGGAGUGAGUGGCCUGCCUGGUCUGCCAGGAGAAGAUGGAGCUCCAGGGCAGAAGGGUGAGCCUGGUUUGCCUGGUUUAAGAGGUUCUGAGGGGCCACAAGGAGUUGGCACUCAAGGCGAGAAGGGUGACCAGGGUGUUAGGGGCAUCCGUGGGUUACAUGGACCUCCUGGGGUCUCAGGACCAUCUGGACCAAAAGGCGAACGCGGGAUACCAGGCCAGCAGGGCAUGCCAGGGCAGCAGGGACGGUCCAUAGCAGGUGCAAAGGGUGAUAUUGGUCCCGCUGGCCCACCUGGUCCUAUUGGAGAAACAGGCCAUGGACUACCUGGUCCAAAGGGUGAUCGCGGCUAUCCAGGUUUACCAGGUCCUGCUGGCCCAAAAGGCCAAGGCAUCCCUGGCCCUAUGGGUGCUCCAGGCCAGCCAGGACUACCAGGUGAGCCCGGCCCAGAAGGAGUGGGAUUUCCUGGACCUAAGGGAGACAUUGGGUUUAGAGGAUUGCCAGGUUUGCCUGGUCCGCCAGGAGAAGGCUUACAGGGACCACUAGGCAAUGUUGGAAGGCCAGGUCCUCCAGGCCCAACUGGACCUCAAGGAGAAGGUAUUCAAGGUCCAAAGGGUGAGCCAGGAUCGCAAGGCAUGACUGGGCCUAGAGGGCCUCAGGGAGAUGGGCCUCCUGGAGAAAAAGGUGAUCGUGGACUACAGGGUGAGAGGGGGAUAAAGGGUACAAAAGGAGACAUGGGAGAUCCUGGAGUCCCUGGUGAAAUGGGAAGGCCUGGAGAAAAGGGAGAACCAAGCCUCACUAGAGAAGAAAUUAUUAAGCUGAUCAAAGAAAUCUGUGGAUGUGGCAUCAAGUGCAAGGAAAGGCCAAUGGAACUUGUCUUCGUCAUUGACAGCUCAGAGAGUGUUGGGCCUGAGAACUUUGAGAUCAUCAAAGAUUUCGUCACAAGGUUAGUGGAUCGGACCACAGUUGGCCGCAACGCCACCAGAAUUGGCCUGGUCCUCUACAGUCUGGAUGUUCAUUUAGAAUUCAACUUGGCUCGCUACAUCAGCAAGCAGGACAUCAAGCAGACGAUCAGAAAAAUGCUUUACAUGGGAGAGGGCACUUACACUGGCACUGCAAUUAGAAAGGCGACUCAGGAGGCUUUCUUCAGCGCCCGCCCCGGUGUCAGAAAAGUAGCCAUCGUCAUCACUGAUGGUCAAACUGACAAACGAGAGCCUGUCAAGCUUGAUGUAGCUGUGCGGGAGGCUCACGCUGCAAACAUUGAGAUGUACGCCCUGGGAAUUGUCAAUUCCUCUGAUCCAACCCAGGCUGAGUUCUUACAGGAACUCAAUCUUAUAGCCUCAGACCCAGACAGUGAACACGUGUACCUCAUUGAUGACUUCAACACGCUAACAGCACUGGAGUCCAAACUUGUCAGCCAGUUCUGUGAAGAUGAAAAUGGUGCCUUUAUUUACAAUCACAUUACCAAUGGACACCGGAAUGGUAACAAUGGGCUUAGUGUUAGUGGAAAUAAUGGAGCAACUACUAAUAACUAUAAUAGCUAUGGCAACAAUGGUUACAUUUUUGGAAACAAUGGAUAUGGGAACAGUUAUGAAGAAGAAAUCCAAAACCAUAGACACACCAACAGCCGUGGCCGUGGAGACACUUUCACACUGCCCAUCAGUGCCGAUCCUCUUCCUGUUCAGGUAACAGAGGAUGAUGAUGGUGAAGAUUUAGAUUUAAGGGCUCACGUGCGGGGUGACAAGCAUCUGUCUAGAGUCAACAAAACAACAUUUAUAUCACCUGGUAGAGAAAGUUCUGUGUCCAAAACAACUGUUGUAUCAUCUUCAUCAUCAUCUGUAUCUGGAAUAUCUUCAUCAACAAUGACUUCAAGUUCCUCCUCAAACUCAAAUCAGUUACAGCCUGUGGUGAUUCCAGUUCAGCCUGGAGAUCCCCGCUGUGACCUCAGCUUGGACCAAGGCACCUGCCGAGACUAUAUCAUACGCUGGUAUUAUGACAAGCAGGCCAAUGCUUGUGCACAGUUCUGGUACGGAGGCUGUGGUGGAAAUGGCAACCGUUACGAAACAGAAGAUGAAUGCAAGAAGACUUGCGUUCUGCUCAGAAGAGGUGGAUAAAAGGAGGAAACACCAUCACUAGGAGUCCAGCUCUACAACCUUCAGCUUUCCUCAUUUUAAUGAGAUGCCUUGUGACUCUUGUGUCACAGUUGGCCUUAGACACAAAAAUAUUUUUAAUAAAUAGAAAGACAGCUGACAUGUUCCUGGUUUAACAGAAACAAAAUCAGAUUGACUUUUAUUUUAUUAAAAAGCCUUUCUUACCUCGGCGAUAUUGUAUUGUCCUUCCUAGGCUUAAACUUCUAUGGAUUAUUCUUAUACCUCACCCAGACAUGCAGUUUAUAUAUGCUGAAUAUAUUUAGAGUAAAACAGCAUUAGUGAAAUGUUUUAUAUGAUGCUGAUA